AUGAAUAGUACAGUUGAACAGUACCAUCGUCAGUCAUCGUAUUCCACGCGAGAAUGUAUUAUCUGUAAUUCGAAAGCAAUUGGUAUAAAUUUCGGUGCACCAACAUGCGCGCCUUGUAAAGCUUUCUUUCGACGUAAUGCCCGACGGAAAGAAAUCCUUAAUUUACCUUGUCAACAUUUGGAAUCGAAUGUAUCGAAGAAGAGUAUGGACGAAACAAAUGAUGCAACAAGUCAUUAUAUGCAUAUUCGCCGUUGUUCGUCAUGCCGCCUGCAACGAUGUUUUGAAGUUGGAAUGAAAGAAGAACUAGUUCGUACGGAUGAAGAAAAUGAACGACAUAGAAAACUUGUCGACAAUAACCGAAAGCGACGACUCUUCUUGAAGCAACAACAAGAAUCAAGAGAUGACAAGUCAAUAAUAUGUCAGCGUGUCUUGCACAGUGGAAGUCUAUUGAAUGAAUUGGAUUGGCAACAUUUAUCUAAUGUUGUUUAUGCGUACGAUACUUGCUGUUUAAAAGCUUUCAUCGAACGACGAGCGACGCUGUUUCCUACUGAAAUGCAUGAGAAACGAUCUAUCGCAGAAUAUUCUACAUUAGUGCCAUUUAAUCUAGUAUUAUCCGUUUCGUCAUUCGUGCGCGCACUGCCUGCGUUUCAUUCUCUGUCACGAAAUGAACAAAUAGCAGUGUGUAGAAACAAUCUGCGUCGGCUAAUGCUCAUCAAUAGUUAUGAACUUAAUCAAUCUUGUUUUUCCGAGCGAUGGCAGUCCGACGUUCAUCAAGCUUCUUGGCAAUACUUAUGCGGUUCAGAACUUUACAAAGAACUAGCAUAUUCCGAGCAGUUAGCCGAGAAAACUUGGAUUGCCGAUCCGAUUGUCACGCGCGUUUGGAUCAUUGUCAUUUUUUUUUCGACACCACUAUUUUGUUACUACGAUUCGAAAUCUUCCGUGUCGCGGUUGAAGAAAACAUCACCACUAUUCGACAGACAGAACGCCUACGUCACUCUCCUGUGGAAAUAUCUGUUACAUCGUCAUGGGGACAUCGAAUCAGUUCGGAUCUACUCCAAUCUCAUGCGCGUUUACUUAAAUAUGUUACGUGCAGGAUUGCUUGUUAAUAUUCAUGUAAGAUCACACAGAGAUCUUCUGCCCGCACACGAAACGCUCGACCAAGCAGCCAUACUUGAUACAAAUAGUAAUUCAGAGAGAAAAUAA